GGGACAGGAGAGUCUCUCAGAGUAGAAGACACGCCUGGUCCAGAAGACGGAGAAGCGCCUACAAUUUCAAGUCGUCCAAGACCUCUACACAACACACCAUCCACAGUUUCCUUUCUCGGUUUCGGGUCGGACAACGAACUACGGAGGAAAACGCUGAGGAAAAGGAGAGUCGGAAAUGCCCUAACGGACAUGACGGACGGUCAGCGGGAAUCGCUGGCCUUCUCGACUUACACCUUAGACAGUGAAGAUGAUGAUGCCUCGGAUCGGAUCAGUAAGGACGAGAUAACUUUGAUGUUUGCAACUCAUGAGAAAAUCCCAAAGAAAGAUUUCCGCCAUGAGUACGAAGCCAGCAGAGACGUGGACAGUUUCUUCAGUAUGGUGUCGCUGGACCUGGACAUCACGGAGACCAGUCUGUUUGGUAUCGUGGUGAGAAUGGUGGAGGGACUUCUGAGGGAGGAGCCUGACUGUAGCCCAGAGGAGGCACUGUCCGCUCUCUUCACACACGACUCUGUUCACCAUUUCAACAGAACAGUGCAGGGGACCAGUCAGACGGAAUACGGGAGUGUGGAUUACGACCAGAGUUGGAUAUGCGCCUUCGCCAGUAUGAAGAACCUGAAGAAACGCCAGGUGUCCAUCGCCAGGCUGAAACACCCCCGUAACCUGGGAGAGACCAGUCAAGAGAUCAGAUUCAUCAUCAUCGUACUGGCUCCUAGUGAAGAGAAAACGACCCGCAGCGCCCUGGAGACUGCUCGCACCUUCGCCACGCUGCUACACGAGCCCGAGAUCCGCCAGGAGUUUCUGGACUGCCGUGACAAGGUGGAGUUUAUGAACCUGCUGAGACUGGUGGAGCUGAAGUACUGCAAGGACGGCGAGAUUGAAGAGUGCGCAGCGGACACCGGAAGUUCAGAAUCCUUGGCUUCUUUCGAGAAACCGGAGGACCGACAAGGAUGCCCCAUCGGCAAAGGCGUCUGGAACGACAUCAAACGUCGGGCACCGUUGUACUUCAGUGACUUCAAAGAUGGUCUUGUGGGACGUCACACCCUGCAUAAGCUGAUCUCGGCCACGGUGUUCCUGUACUUCGCCUGUCUCCUCCCGUCUAUCGCGUUCGGCACCCUGAACAGCAGAAACACCCACGGAAUGAUAGAUGUGCGGAAGGUGAUCGUGUCCCAGACGUUAGGAGGGCUGAUUUACGCCCUGUUCUCGGGACAGCCGCUCAUCAUCCUACAGACGACAGCACCACUGGCGCUGUACACACAGAUUAUCUACGAGAUAGCACACAGUCUGCACGUGGACUUCCUGCCGAUGUUCGGCUGUGUGGGUCUGUGGAGCUCCGGCUUCGUCUUGCUGUACGCCCUGGUGGGCGCCAACCGCAUCAUGAAAUACACCACCAGAUGUGUCGAAGAGAUCUUUUCUCUAUUCAUCGCCAUCACGAAAGUAGCGGCGGCGUUAGAGAGUCUCAUCCACGAUUUCCAGGAGAACAUCGGUCCGGACUGCGGCCACAACGUGACCACGUCUGAAGGCGAGGGUUACGGCGAGGCUGCGGCGGGCUGUCAACUGGACAAGGCUUUGCUGCACUUAUUGCUGCUCCUGGGCACGGUGGCUUUGGGCAUGAUGCUGUAUAACAGUAUUCACAGCCCUUACCUUGAUGCCAGCAAACGCGAGCUGCUCGCCGACUACUCCUUGCCAGUCUCUGUCAUCUUCAACUCCUUCAUGGGCGUGUAUGUGUUCAGCAUGGUCAGCCUGAAGCGGUUCGAUGUUCAGACCGGUCCCCUGUUCGUGCCGGUAGAGUUGGGAAGUCUGACGUCCACUGCUGUCGUCACCGCCAUGGGGCUGGGCUUCUGUCUGUCUCUCCUGUUCUUCAUGGACCAGAACAUCACAGCCGCUAUCGUCAACAGUCCAGCGAACAAGUUGAAGAAGAGCUCUGCGUACAACCUGGACCUGUUGGUGAUCGGCAUCAUUAACGGUAUCCUGUCCGUGUUCGGUUUUCCCUGGCUGCACGGCACGCUGCCACACUCGCCUCUACACGUGCGCACACUGGCUGACGUGGAGGACCGCGUGGACCAGGGCAGGCUGUACUCCAUUGUGGUACGAGUACGUGAGACACGGCUAGCCGCCAUCCUCUCACACACCCUCAUCGGUCUCUCGCUGCUGCUGCUCCCGUCUCCUCUCAACUACAUCACCCAGCCUGUCCUCAACGGGCUCUUCAUCUUCUUCGCUCUCAUCUCAUUCAGCGGGAAUCAGUUUUACGAGAGACUCGUGUUGCUCAUGACAGAACAGUCGGCGUACCCACCCAACCACUACAUCCGACGGGUGCCGCUAGCGCAGAUCCACCUGUUCACGUUCUGCCAGGUGCUACAGCUGGCCGUGCUGUGCGGCCUCGGGCUGUCCGCCAUGCCCUAUCUGGAGAUGAUCUUCCCCAUCGUGCUCUUACUACUUCUCCCUAUCAGACACAAGCUGAUGCCUCUGCUGAUAGACCCGAAGUACAUCCGGGCACUGGAUGCCGCGCACACGGACAACCACUGAUGGGCAUGCGCAACUGACGUCACCACAGAACUGUGCCAUACAUACAUUUAACGUCAUAGAUACAGUCAUGAAAUCGUCAUCAACUUGUCAUCGACCUACGGUAGACCUAUAAGUCAUCGUGAAAAUAGUGAUAUAGUAAAUCAUAUUUCAUAUAUCCUAAUAUGAAAGACCACACUCACGGAAACAAACAAUGACAAUAACGGAAAUGCUAUGCACAUACCUCCAACGUGUGUGUUCUGACUUUGUGAAAUAAAGUCCAGA